AUGGGUUGGAGGUUUCUGCAAUUUAUUUGGCCCUUUCUUGCCGGAAGCCUCUUCUUCUUUAAUGCCUUCUCUUACUCGGAAAAGGCCCCAUAUUUCACGUUCAUUAAAGAAGCAAGGUCUGCACCAGCGGUAUCACUAUAUGACUACAUAGUGAUCGGAGGAGGAACAUGCGGUUGUCCCUUGGCAGCAACACUGUCACAAAGAGCCACUGUCCUUGUUCUUGAACGAGGAGGCUCGCCUUAUGAAAAACCAGACAACAUAAACCUUAACAACUUUGUUGAUUCUCUCAUUGAUACCACCCGAUCUUCUUUCGCCCAGCAAUUUAUAUCCACAGAUGGGGUCCUCAAUGCUCGGGCCCGUGCCCUGGGUGGCGGGUCGGUAAUAAAUGCUGGGUUUUACUCUCGGGCUGGGCACAUGUAUGUGAGGGAAGCAGGCUGGGAUGAGCGGCUGGCGGAGGAGUCGUAUGAGUGGGUGGAGAAGGUGGUGGCGUUUGAGCCGACGGUGAGGCAGUGGCAGUCGGCGGUGAGAGAUGGACUGAGGGAAGUGGGGGUGUUGCCUUACAAUGGUUUUAGUUUUGAACAUAUGAUUGGGACUAAAGUUGGAAGCUCUAUUUUUGAUCGCAUGGGCCAUAGGCAUACUGCUGCUGAUUUGUUCACUUAUGCUAAUCCCAACUCCAUUUCUGUUUAUAUUCAUGCCACUGUGCAAAGAAUUUUGUUUCGUCACAGCCCAGGAAGUAGGAGGCCGCAAGCGUAUGGAGUAAUAUACAGAGACGAGGUUGGAAUCAUGCAUAGGGCAUACUUAAAAGGGGAGGGUGAGAUUAUAUUGUCAGCAGGGGCAAUAGGAAGCCCACAGAUGCUAAUGUUGAGUGGAAUUGGGCCAGCCCAACAUCUUCAGGCCCAUGGAAUCAGAGUGGUGUUGGAUCAGCCCAUGGUGGGGCAAGGCAUGGCUGAUAACCCCAUGAAUGUUCUGGUAGUGCCAUCUCCUGUACCUGUUGAAGUCUCUCUCAUCGAAACAGUGGGAAUCACUAACUUCGGUUCCUACAUUGAAACUGCCAGUGGAUUAAACUUGGGCCUUUCUUGGCCCCAAAGGCUUCAAAGCAUUUAUGAUAUUGUCUCCAACCAGACCGGCCAACCAUCCAUGUCUUUCCCCAAGGCAGAUGUGAGUAAUAAGUGGACGAACAACAUUGGAUCUUUUGCGAAUCUAAGUCUAGAAGGAGGAGUCAUACUUGAAAAAAUAACAGGACCUCUCUCAACUGGUCACCUUCAACUCUUAACCACUCAUCCAAACGAUAAUCCAUUAGUGACCUUCAACUACUUCAAGGAACCAGAAGACCUCAGGAUCUGUGUUGAAGGAAUGAGAACCAUCAUAGAUGUGGUAAACUCGAGGGCUUUCUCAAGGUUCCGAUAUAAGAACGUGCCAGUGCAAGCCCUAAUUGACUUGGUCCUGAGCUUACCAGUGAACUUGAGGCCAAAACAUCCUAGUGCUGCUUUCUCUUUGGAACAGUACUGUAUAGACACUGUGAUGACAAUAUGGCAUUAUCAUGGAGGCUGCCAUGUUGGGAGGGUUGUGGAUCGAGACUAUAAAGUUAUGGGUGUGGAUUCUUUGAGAGUUAUUGAUGGUUCAACCUUUUCUGCCUCACCUGGCACCAAUCCUCAAGCCACUGUUAUGAUGCUUGGAAGGUAUAUGGGACAGAGGAUUUUAUUGGAAAGGUUUCUUCAUAGAGGGUAG